GCACACUGCUUUGUAUGGCUGCGCAUAGCACAGGCAGAAGAAAGAAAGCAAUCUUUAGUAAAAAGCAGCACACCUUAAUUCUUGUUAGGCACACAACCCUUGAUUACCCUGAGAUAUUAACCUCUUCCCAGCUAGUAUUAUUAGUACAGUGACAGUGUAUAGUAUUAUUACUCAUCACUGUAUUAGUGUCACUGGUGAUGUCAAUGUCAUUUAGUCAGUUCCUACCCAGUGUCAGUUAGUGUCAGAAUGCCCACCAUGCUAUCACAGUCCCACUAUAA